AAACAACACAAAAUCGAUUCUCUUCCCACAAAAUUCACACAGCGGAAUUCCAACCUUACAUUUUUCUUUUAUAUCCAUUUCCCUUUUGUCGUUAUUCAUUUCAAAUCUUCUCUUUCCAGAUAUUAACUUUUCUUCUCAAGGUUUUAUUUUUUAUUUUAUCAAGAACUUUGCUCUAUAUAUCAAAUCUCUUUCCGGGUUACUUUCAUACAUCCAGGCCAGGCCUGUAACCAUGUUAUAGCCUUCAAAGUUUAUCUUCUUUUUUUUUUCCUUCAUUUUUUUGUGAUAUAUAUUUAACCAGGAUUAGGACUUGGUUGCUCGACUAUGGCGGUAGCAUACCCACAUUUUUUGGUAUCCGAAAAUCAAGCAACGGUUGAGCAACCAACAUUAAUGGUCUCCCCUGCCUCCGCUUGCCCGUCUGUAACCCUCACCCAGGAUGAUUUGAAAAAAAUUGCCGCUUAUAAGGCCGUGGAGCAUGUGAAAUCUGGCAUGGUUGUUGGGCUCGGGACCGGUUCCACCGCGAAGCAUGCUGUGGACCGCAUCGCCGAGCUUAUGCGCCAGGGAAAGCUUAAAGACAUUGUUGGCAUACCUACAUCGAAAAAGACUCAUGAACAGGCUGUUUCAUUGGGCAUCCCUUUAUCCGAUCUUGAUUCUCACCCUGUUGUGGAUUUAGCGAUUGAUGGCGCGGAUGAGGUUGACCCUGGAUUGAAUUUGGUUAAAGGGCGAGGAGGGUCUUUAUUGAGGGAGAAAAUGGUGGAAUCAGCUACCAAGAAAUUCAUCGUAAUAGUUGACGAAUCCAAAUUGGUGAAUUAUGUUGGGGGUAGCGGAUUGGCUAUGCCUGUGGAAAUUAUUCCCUUUUGUUGGAAUCAUUCUUUGAAGAGGCUUGUGAGUUUGUUCCCUGAUGCAGGUUGUGUGGGGGAGCUGAGGAAGUGCGUGGAGACUGGGAAGGCGUUUGUGACUGAUAAUGGCAAUUAUAUUAUUGACUUGUAUUUCGAGAAGGACAUGGGGGAUCUGAAUAAAGCCAGUGACUUGAUUUUGAGGCUUCCUGGAAUUGUCGAGCACGGGAUGUUUCUUGGACUGGCCACCUCCUUGAUUGUUGCUGGUGUGGAAGGCAUCACCGUGAAGACUAAGAUAGGAAAUGAGUUGAAGGUAUUUGACUGCUAUUUCAAGAACUUAGUAUGAGAAAUCAGAGGAUCGUGACAUUGGCUACCUUGUGUGGUGACUGAAAACACUUCUUAUAUUGCUAGGAGUAACCACAGUUGCUGAACUCUUCUCAAGUUGAUAUAGUGUUGAUGGCAAGCAGAGUGACAAGAUACACAAGCCAUCGCCAUUUCAAGAACCCACCAAGCAGAAGCAGCAUCAAAAUCUUCUGUUAUAUGAUAAAAAACGACGAAGUUAAUCUGCAACGCGCACACUUCUGUUCUUGAUUGUUUUUUAUGAUCUGGUAUGUAGAACUAAUUGUACUUGAUUUAAUGUGAAAACUAAAAUCAUAUAUUAUCUAAAAAACAAGGAUAAAUAUAUAUAUGUACAGAGGGGAGUUUACCGAAUGGUGUCCCCCCUCUCACAAUGUA